AGUCUCGGCCCCGGGCCGCCGCGCCAGUCCCUCUCCGCCGCGGGGAACACGGCUGCCUUGGCCCCUCCGCGCUGCCGUCUUUUCCGGCAGUUGGGACUCUUCCUGUUGUCCUCACCCGCAACCGCCCCUCGUCCCUACCUCAGAACCCCUCACCCGUCCCCUCCUCUCGUCUGGCCGGUCGGCUGCUGCCGCUGGGGCUUCGCCUGUCCGCACGUUGAGACCGCUGGCCCGGCCGGCGUCUGCGGCUGUCCGCCGCCCCCUGCCCUGCCUCCCUCGGGGGUCUGCAGCCAUGGCAAUGACAGGCUCGACACCUUGCUCCUCCAUGAGUAAUCACACCAAGGAAAGGGUGACAAUGACCAAAGUGACACUGGAGAAUUUUUAUAGCAACCUUAUCGCUCAACAUGAAGAACGAGAAAUGAGGCAAAAGAAAUUAGAAAAAGUGAUGGAAGAAGAAGGCCUAAAAGAUGAAGAGAAACGACUGAGGAGAUCAGCACAUGCUCGGAAGGAAACUGAGUUUCUUCGUUUGAAGAGAACAAGACUUGGAUUGGAAGAUUUUGAAUCCUUAAAAGUAAUAGGAAGAGGAGCAUUUGGUGAGGUGCGGCUUGUUCAGAAGAAAGAUACAGGGCAUGUAUAUGCAAUGAAAAUACUCCGUAAAGCAGAUAUGCUUGAAAAAGAGCAGGUUGGCCACAUUCGUGCGGAACGUGACAUUCUAGUGGAGGCAGACAGUUUGUGGGUUGUGAAAAUGUUCUAUAGUUUUCAGGAUAAGCUAAACCUCUACCUAAUCAUGGAGUUCCUGCCUGGAGGGGACAUGAUGACCCUACUGAUGAAGAAAGAUACCCUGACAGAAGAGGAGACUCAGUUUUAUAUAGCAGAAACAGUAUUAGCCAUAGACUCCAUCCACCAACUCGGAUUCAUCCACAGAGACAUCAAGCCAGACAACCUUCUCCUGGACAGCAAGGGCCAUGUGAAACUUUCUGACUUUGGCCUUUGCACCGGACUGAAGAAAGCACAUAGGACAGAAUUUUAUAGGAAUCUGAACCACAGCCUCCCCAGUGAUUUCACUUUCCAGAACAUGAACUCCAAAAGGAAAGCAGAAACCUGGAAAAGAAAUAGACGUCAGCUAGCUUUCUCCACAGUGGGUACUCCUGACUACAUUGCGCCCGAGGUGUUCAUGCAGACCGGGUACAACAAGCUCUGUGACUGGUGGUCGCUCGGCGUCAUCAUGUAUGAGAUGCUCAUCGGCUACCCACCUUUCUGUUCUGAGACCCCUCAAGAGACAUAUAAGAAGGUGAUGAACUGGAAAGAAACUUUGACUUUUCCUCCAGAAGUUCCUAUCUCUGAGAAAGCCAAGGAUCUCAUUUUGAGAUUCUGCUGUGAAUGGGAACAUAGGAUUGGAGCCCCUGGAGUUGAGGAAAUCAAAAGUAAUUCUUUUUUUGAAGGCGUUGACUGGGAACAUAUCAGAGAGAGACCUGCUGCAAUAUCUAUUGAAAUCAAAAGCAUUGAUGAUACCUCAAACUUCGAUGAGUUUCCAGAAUCUGAUAUUCUUAAGCCAACAGUGGCCGCGAGUAACCACCCUGAGACUGACUAUAAGAACAAAGACUGGGUCUUCGUCAACUACACGUACAAGCGCUUUGAGGGCCUGACUGCGCGGGGUGCUAUACCUUCCUACAUGAAGGCAGCAAAAUAGUGUCCUGGACGUGGAGUCUUAAUGGAGCAGUGCUCUGUACAACAUCAUGGUUUUCCUCUCACUCACUGUUUCGAAAGAGCUUCCAGGAAGGUUAUGGAACCACCAGCAUGGCAUGGUAAACUCACCUGACAUGUGAUAGUAAGUGGAUUCUCUUCCAUAAUGCAUCUGAAAAGCUGUAGAACAGCCAUUUCUACUACAUCAGCCAUAAGCAGCUGUCCUGCUUCUUUAGAAGCAUCAUGAGCCAAUUUGAUAGAUGUUUAAAAAAAACUUGAGUUUUCCUAAGUUCAUCAGAAUGAAGGGGAAAAAAAAGCCAUCUUCCAGCAUUACUGAGGUUGUAACAUACACUUACCGAGUGUCAGCCAAUCUUGCGAUUUUGUGACAUGCUUUCUGCCAAGCCCACCAAGUAUUUCCUAGAAGUUCCACAGUACUAAGGAAAUCAAGCAAUAAUGAAGCCUCAGCAGCCAGCACUCUGGCUGAAGGAAAUGACCCACCAUCCCGUCCUGUCCCCUGAGGGGUGGCAAUGGUCGUUUCUCCCGUACCUCGGCCCCGGGCGAGUGGCUUUUAGAGCCUCCAUUCAUGGUGCACUUUAUGUAUGGUACUAGGAUAAAGACCGUCAGUCCAUCCAUUUACAUCCUCCCGCCCAUCUAAAAUACUCAUGCUGCUUUUCUGAGUAUUGAUGGGGGAUAUCAGCUUGAUCCAGGGUUGCUCAGAAGGCCCCAAAGCCACUGAGCAUUGCCAAGGCGCCCUGGAUAAUGUGGAAAACCCUUGCUUUCUCUUCACGGCUGUAUCAGAAAAUCCCUAAGACGGACAUGGCCGUGGACCAGUGAUACCCACAAGCGCUGCCAGCAGGAACUCGGUUUGUUCCUGGGAAUGCCACAGGGAGAGUCCAGGCCGAGACAGGCAGGAGGCCCGGAGCCCUCCUGGCGAAGGUGCUGCUCCUUCCUGCUCGGUCUCCGGAACCUCCCUGGAAGCGGUGCAGGGACCCACCCAACGGAAGUGCAGAGCCGCCCUGCAGAGCUCUGUCAGGUUCACUCCUGGACCCGCGGUGCAACUGUGUCUCAUCUUCUCUUCCAGUAUUGCUUCUCCCCCAACUUUAAAUACCAUUUUGCCUUGGAUUCAUGAUUACAGAUCUUCCCUUUGCGAUGCCUUCGUGGGGGUGUCCCUCUCCAUCCCAAAGGGUCGCCGGCAGCUUGGGCUGACCCGGCUUCGCUGUGGCGUUCUCUCAUGAGACACCCUCUGAAUUUUCGCACCAAGUGCCUUCUCUCUCACAGCUGCCACCACCAUUAGAGGACUUUUGCUGCAUCAGAAAAAUGUGGAGGCCCCAUAUUAAUGCAUUAUUACUUUUAAAAGUUUUGAUAACUCUUAAAGCAUCAUUUGCACCUGUGUGGUAACUGCCCGUUGCAGAGCGUUGCGGCCAAGCGACAUCUGGGAGACGGCUUUCUGCCAGUCUCCCGGUUGUUAGGAUCAGCUUUCAAAGGAAAGUAUGUCCUAGCUUAGCCAUUCAGAAAAGAAAAAUGGAAUAUCAGAUUACAGUAAGUGAAACUGCUUUGGAUUUUAAUGUCUUAGAGGAAGAUAAAAGAAUAUUAGGGAAGUGUGAAUUCUGGAUGAAGGUAAUGUGUCUGCCCCUUAAUCUUUCAUUCAUGGUCUGUUAGUGAAAAGGAAGUAAAUGAGAUUCUUUUAUGUAACUUUGUAGUUUCUUUGUAUUACCAAAUAGCUGUGGUGUUGACCCCCCUGUGUUGCGCAAGAGUGUGUGGUAAGCGUGCGUAGCGAGAUGUGACGAGUGAGUGGCGGGGAGUGGGAGUGAGUGGCGGGGAGUGGCGGGAGAAUUUGUUUUAGGAGAAAAUGUCCAUGUUUUAACUUUUACAUUUCUGAAUAAACUGUGU